AUGAACUUUCCUCUUCCAACUAAUGCAACUCUACUUCGUGGAGAUUCUUUUUACUCUAUCGUCGAAGAAUUUUGUGGUAGGGAGGUGCUCGAAUUACUUAAGUUUCAGCUGAUCAAUUCUUCAAUGGACUUGAUUGAAGUCGACGAUGUCUUCUCCAUUCUUCAAAUUGAAUCAGAUCAAACAACAACAAUCAAAGAAUUUUUAGGUAUUCCAAGCAAAGAUAACUUGAGCAAUUAUUCGUUUUUUAUCAUGCCCGGCAUUCGCUUAAAGCUCGAAAAGUUUAUACGUUCGCUACGUGCUCUUCUUACAUCUACUGAUUCUACAUCUUCCUUAUCUGUUGCGCCUUUAACGAUUUCAUCUGAACUUCUCCAACGAUUUCCGUUCGUGAUCGACCUUAUAUAUUGCUUGGAAUCGCAAUUAUUGACAGAUUUUUCAUUGGAUUUCAUUUCGAAUCUUCUAUCUAACAUCACAUGUUCUAAAAAUGCAUUUCGUUACCAACAAUCAGUGAAAGAUUUCGCUGCUUCUCUCUAUAUUCUUGGAGGACGUAACGUAUAUGAAUUCGUUCGGUUAAAUCUUCCUGGAUCUAUUCCUUGUUUAAAUAGUCUACGAUCAAUUCUCACAUCUUCUAACAAAAACUUCGUUGAAGGUGAAUUUCAAUAUGAACAUUUGAAGGAUUUUAUCGAUAUGUUGGACUGUAAGUACGCAUUUUGUGGUGAAGACAGUACUUCAGUCGUACCAAAAGUAUCUUACGACUCACGUUCGAACUCAUUUGUUGGUUUUACCCUUCCGCUUAACAAUGGAUUUCCUUCCUCUCGCUAUUUUACUACUAAUUCAUUUGGUAAACUUGAAACAUGGUUUGAAGAAGUAGAUAAAUCAUUUCUGAUCAACGUACACGUUAUUCAAGCUGUAUGUUCUAUUGAUCAAACAUCACCAUCGCCAUUUCUUCUUGCUGCUUAUGGUACUAACAGCAAAUACACAGCUCAAGAUAUUCUUGAGAGAUGGUCAAGAAUUUUUGAUUCAUGUAUGACUCAAAAUAUCCGAAUUUUAGGCUUUUCGGCUGACUGUGACCCAAAACAAAUGAAAGCAAUGCGUGAUUCGAUGGGAUUCUUCUCAAAAUCACAAGCCGGGUUUGAAGAUCAUCCUCAUCAUUUAGAAAUUUCUUCAUUUAAAAAUACAUCAUGGUUUUUUUUAAAACCACGACAACUCUUUGUAUGUUUACAAGAUGCAUCACAUCUGUGCACUAAAUUACGGAAUCGUCUUUUAUCUUCAAAUACAAUUUUAUUAAUGGGAGAGAAGUAUGCCAGUAUCGACGAUCUCAUACAACUGAUUGAUAAUCAUUCGAAGAUCGAUCAUGGAUUAACCGUAUCAGAUAUUUGCCCAAAGGACAAACAAAACUAUUCGUCAUGUGAAAAGAUCACAAGUACUGCUGUUCUUUCUUCCCUUAAAAAUAUUUCCAAUUCUGAAGCAACUCAAGCAUAUCUAGAGAUAAUAAAAUGUGUUCGUUUGGCGUACGUCGACAAAAAUACUACUAUAAUUAAUCGUCUUUACUAUGCCUGGUGUGCAGUCUUUAUCGUACGUAUCUGGUCUGCAUGGUUACAAAGCAUAAACUGCAAUGAACUUAAAAAAAGAGCCUCGCAUUUGCUUUCAACUAGCAUUGGUAUACCUGUUCCUAAAAAGAACUUCUUCAUUACCAUACCUGCUCUUUUCUCGCUCGAAUUGAAUGCUCAUAGUCUAACAUAUCUUACUGUGCUAUUGGCAGAACAGAAAAUCACCAAAGAAGCGUUAAAUAUUUCGUUGUUCAAUUCGCAAAUAUGUGAAAGUACAUUCCGUGCAGCUCGAUCGAUGUCCGGUCCUUUUUCAUCCGUUGUGAAUUUUUCCGUUUACGAAUUUCUUCAGCGAGUCGAAAAACUCGCUGUUCUUCAAAACAUCAAAUGCUCCUCCGAAUAUAAAAAAAAUAAUAUAAUAUUUCCUACUCAUCACAAACAAUCUAAACAAAAUUUUCUAACGCAUUCGACAUCCACGGUCGCAAUCACAAUUACAGAGAAACUGAUUGAAGAAAAAGUGUUUAGUGCAUAUAUUAAAGCUAGUCAAAUUCUAUCUGGUUGUGAAUUUUCUAUUCUUAACCCUAACGAUAAUAUGAUAUCUUUCGAAGAAGUGAAUCGUUUAGCUUUCAAAAGAUUAUCAAGAUCAAAAUGCACAACUUCUAAAAGAAAAGCUGUUCAAUUAAAUAAUGAUGAAGACGAAAAUGAAGACGAUGAUGAUGAAGAGGAAGAUGAAGAUGAAGAUAAUAAACAAUACAAAUCUAAAAAGCAAUCUAAUGAAAAAGAUAUCGUAAAUGAAUCUGAUGAAUCAAGUUCUAUCGAUGAUUUUGAUCUUGAUAUUCUUCCGAAUGUAUCUAGUUCCACUAUUCGAGGAAUGCGCAUUUUUGAUUCCAUCGACCAUUCUCAAUCUGACUCUUUUUUACCCGUUGAGGUGAAUGGUCGUGUCAAAUACAUGCAUAAGCAGACUGCAAACUGGUAUUUUUCAAAAACUAAACCUAUAUUAUCUUCUGAUCGAUUGAAACGGGUUCAGCAGGCAAUAUAA